AUAACGGCUUCUGUUAACGACCGCUAGGUGUCAGUGUCGUUCUUCCUUAGCAACGGUUGAUCGGCCAUGUUGUUUGAUGGUAUAGCAACGGAAUAGGUACGGUAUUAAUGAAUGAACAGGUCGGAGGAAAAUGCCAGUUUUAAGUCAUUCGAAUCGUACUCUGAUGCAGAAAUAUGACAUUAUCAGGUGGUAGAAGAUGCACUGGAUGUAUAUAGCUGCUAUAUUUUUCUGUUAUGGAACAACAUUUCGUACCUUCGGACUGUCGAAGAAGAAGAGAGAAGCUGAUUCAUCACCGUUUGAUGAUUUUGCAGACGAACUUAGACCAAUUGCUGAGGCAGAACGCCUCAAGCGACAGUAUCCAGAAAAUGAGCGGCUUAUUGCCAAUAUUCCAAGUCGUUUCUUUGAGGUGAUUUAUCCUGUCCAGGUUCGACAACACCAAAAGCUGGGUAUUUCCACACGGGAUGCCACAGCCAACAAAGUAAGCCUUCCUAGUACUGGCAAACACUUUCAUCAAACAUCGUUAUUGAUAAAAGCUUUCAAUUACAAAUUUCGAUUAGAAUUGGAAUUGAACAUGUAUCUUUUGGCACCAAACCUUAUCCAGAAGCAUAUCUUACCUGAAGGUGCUUGGCAAAUUUCCACUCAGGAAAUAGAACACUGUUAUUACCAUGCAAUUAUUAAAGAUUAUCCAGGAGCCCUUGCAGCAUUAAGAACUUGUAAUGGAGUUAGUGGAAUUAUCCAUGUUGGUAAUGAAACAUUUGUUAUUCAUCCUUUCUAUGGUGGUGAUCUUUCAAGAAGACAUCCUCAUGUUAUAUAUCGAUAUUUUGGAGAAGUCAAAGAAAAACAUACUUGUGGUAAUACAGGAAUGCAUGAAUGGGGUUUUAAGCAAUUUAGGAUACAUCCUGGAAGAAUUAAACGAGAUGUGAGAGAAGUAUUCAAGUUUAUUGAAUUAGGGUUAGUUCUUGAUCAGGCAAUGUUCGAUAAUCGAAAUGCAACAAGAUCAGAAGUUGUCAAUGAUGCAAUUCAAGUUGUUAACUGUGUAGAUAUGUAUUUCAGAACUGUGAAUACCAGAGUUUCUGUAGUGUAUGUAGAGACGUGGGCUCAUGGAGAUCAAAUAGAAAUUAACAAUGAUGUUCGUCAAACUUUGCUGAAUUUUAUGGAGUAUGCCUCUCGAAAAUUAUAUAAAGUUGCAAAAGAUGCCACUCAUUUGCUAACGUACUAUUUCAGAACUGUGAAUACCAGAGUUUCUGUAGUGUAUGUAGAGACGUGGGCUCAUGGAGAUCAAAUAGAAAUUAACAAUGAUGUUCGUCAAACUUUGCUGAAUUUUAUGGAGUAUGCCUCUCGAAAAUUAUAUAAAGUUGCAAAAGAUGCCACUCAUUUGCUAACAGGUCAUCAUUUUAAGGGAACAGAAGUCGGAAUGUCUGUUCCUGAUAGUAUAUGUACAGCUAAAGCAGUAGGAGUUAGUCAAGAUACAAGCAUUCAUGAACCACAUCUUGUAGCAAGUACAAUGACACAUAUGCUAGGACAUAAUAUUGGAAUGAGCCACGAUCAGUUUGACAGUGAUUGUGAAUGUCAAGAUUGGUGGGGAUGUAUUAUGGCUCAGACAAUACUUGGUACCAACAAGAUACAACCAUAUCACUUUUCAAAGUGCAGUUUGCAGGAUUAUGUUAAUGCUCUUCGUAUUGGUCAUGGAAUUUGUUUAUUUAAUAAACCAAAUCAGUUGGAAGAUUUUAAGACGUGUGGAAAUAAAGUGAUUGAAGAAGGCGAGCAAUGUGAUUGCGGAAGUAUUGAGUUAAAGCCAAGUGGACAUCUUUGUAGAGAAGCAAUUGAUGAAUGUGAUAUUCCAGAAUACUGUGAUGGAAAAGAUGGACAGUGCCCAACUGAUCUAUAUAAAAGAAAUGGUGAUCCAUGUAAAAAUGGUGUAGGAUUUUGCUUCUAUGGUCGUUGCCCAACAGCUGAUGAGAGAUGUGAAUAUAUUUGGGGAUAUGGUGCAGUUUCUUCAGAAUUGCAAUGUUAUGAACAGUUUAAUACUCAAGGCAGCCUCAAUGGUCAUUGUGGGACUGAUAGCAAGGGUGAAUACAUUAAAUGCAGUAAGGAAAAUAUUCUAUGUGGAGCAGUCCAGUGCCAACAAGGAGGACGGACACCUAUGGUUCAAGGAAUGAGUAAACAAUAUGCACGCACAAUUGUAUCUAUUGGUGGUUCUGAAUACGAGUGCAAAGUUGCUAGUGGAAGUCUUGAAUCAGAUAUUACUGAUUUAGGGAUGAUGCCUGAUGGUUCUAAAUGUGCUGAAAAUAAGAUAUGUAUAAAUCAAACUUGUUUGAAGUUAGAAUUUUUUGUAGAACCAGGAUCUUGCCUUACAAAUAAUAUAGCUCUGUCAUGUUCUGGACAUGGGGUAUGCUCAAACAUAAACACUUGUUUUUGUGACGAUGGCUGGACUUCACCAGAUUGCAGUCAGCGAAUAAAUGGAAAUGAAGAUAUCGGUUUGGGUCGCACCGAUAUACCAUCUCCAGGUGGGGAUAGACCUCGUGUAUUUGGUGUAACGACUCAAGGAUCUAUUUCGGAUACGGGACAAGGAUUAAAAAAGACGUCUAAAUCCACAACAUACGGAAAGAAAGAUGCUCUUAGUGCUCCAUCUCUAGUUGUAGUAUUGGUGUCAGUAGUUGGUGGUGUAUUCAUUUUUUUCGCUCUGUUGGCAACUUGUUACAGAAGAAGCACCCUUCCUAAACAAGAACCACCUCACAUAAAAAAACAUGUUGUUAGAAAACACACACUGCCAGUAACAGUUACUGCAAAAAGUGAAGAUGAAUCAUCUCAGGAAAAUGUCAAUAGAAUAAUAACUUUUGGCAGUAUGCCAUCUUAUAGAUUUAGGGAAGAUAAGCUUCAACAAUUGAAAAGGCAACAGUUACAGCUGAAAGAUACUUCACUUUCGGAAGAAGGAGAAAGUCAUGGUCUUAUUGCCGAGACGUCUGCAUUUAUUGAACUAUCCCCUAAUAAUCUUUCUAAAGUGCCAGAAAAGGGUAUCUUAAAACAUCCACCCCGGUCUGAUAAAGAAAAAUGGAGUGACGAAGCAUCUCAAUCCGAUAAUCAAGAUUCUGUGAGCCAAUCUGAUAACAACUUGGAUCGAAACAGUGAUACUCUAACAGAAGUUGAACGUACUUUGAAGAGUCUUAAUGGUUAUCAUGAAGAAAUAUUAGAAGCACUUCAUACGGCAUCUUCACAUCGACCUCCAUAUACAAAACUAAGUCCCAAAGAAGAUUCUAAGAAAUUUCCUGAUGGGACGUCAGAUUAUGGUGGAAUUGGUAUAUUAAAAAGCUCUACUGAACAUUUAGGUUCAGGAGGUGAUGAACCGGAAGAAACUGUUCCACCAUGUGGUCCAAUUAGGAUAAGGAAUCUAGAAGAUCUUUUGAGACAGUUAGAACAUACACCUGGACCUCAUAUUUCCCCUGCCGGUUCAGAUGAUGUUCGACUUAGUGAAACAGAAGCCGAUCGUCAAUAUAGAUCAGACAAUGCCAGUGGAACAGAAAGUCAGGUGGAUCCAAGUCUUCAAUUUCUGCUUGGUCGUCAAAAAGCCAGUCUUGGAAUUACCGGAGAUAUAUCUGCAGGCCACCUACAAUCAGCUUCCGGUCAUUUACUCAGGCGACUUCCACUUGAGGUUGAAGAGGAAGAGGAUGAAGAUGACGACGAAGGAAGCUUAGACGACGAGGGAGAUGACACAUAUUCAAUUCCUCAUUUUAUCCGUAGUGCCAGUGAAGAAGCCCUUCCAGUUUAUGGCUAUAAGCGUAACCUCAAUACACAACAGUGUCCAGAAAAAACGUUGAAAAGAGACACAUGUGAAUAUUUUCCCAGUCCCCCUUCGGACGAAUCUUAUCCAUCAUAUGGAGAAAAUAAUUGCUUCCCUUCUCUUACAACUGCUGCCAGUGGUUCGCGGGGUGACAAAGGAAUCACAAUUCAAACACAUGGGCUCUCACCUGCUACCUCUUCCUCAUCUGGAUCUCAACCAAUGUCUGGGGCCAAAAGAAAAAUGAGGAAAAAAUUUCCAGAGUAUAAAAGAGAUCGCAGUAAGCCACAUCAUACUUGACAUCAAUGAAAAAUUAUCUCGACAGGAAGAAUCACAUCUAGUCAAAACACUCAUCUCCAGUCAUUCAGCUCCUAAAAGGAACUAGGGAUCACUGCCAUUACCAUUUGUAUAAGAUGUGAUGACCUGCAUUUUACAACUUUGUUUUCAUCUAAAAAAAAAAAAAAAAAAAAAAUUUGGGAUUAGCUACUUCCACUGAAUUCCUGCUCAUUUUCAACUGCAUUUGCUCUCAGUGUGUGCAGCAUUUUGAAGCAGAAUGCUCACUGUGUCAUCAUUCUUACAGCCCAAGUGAAAAGUGAGCAUUAGUGACAGAUAUAUCUUCUGUACAUUUUUUUUUUAUCACUUUAUAAAAUUACAAAGAAAUGUACAGCCUUUAACUAAAUAUUUAAAUCAGACUUUUUCUUAAAAAAAGCAAAAAAACAAAAACAAGAGAGGGAGAGCGAGAGAAUGAUCUUAGUUCAGUUGACACUCACAGAACAAAGAACAAGUUUUACUGUCAUCGAGCUUAAACUUUUCUCCUAGUCUUCUUUUAAUCAUUAUUAACUUGUUCUUACCAAAACGAAAAUUUUUCCUCUUAGAUUUGUUUUUAAUUAUUGGACCUUUGGAAUAUCAUAUGGAAUUUUUGAAUAAGCUAUUUCUGAAACCAGAAGAAAUGAUGGUGCUACUAAUUAAUGCUGUUAUUGGAUAAGAAAGCCAGCUUAAAAAUACAUAAAGCCAAGUUGCAUUGAAAAUCUUUUGACAAAAACUGAUUAAAAUAUAUUCAGGACUUUAUAUAAUUUCAGCAUUGCAUCACAUAGAGGAGCAUUAUUAAGUGUUUAUAAGAUCUUUUUUCCUCCCUCUUUAUUUUGUUUACAAAAAAAUGGCAUGCCCAAAAUAGCCAUUUGCUAAUAAUAAAUGAUAUCAGUCCUUUUUAGAUAGAAUAAACAUAUACUUUAAACAACUCUGCCUUAUGUGCAAACUGACAUUUUUUCAUCUGUUUGUCAUGUAAGAUAUAUUCAUUUGAUGUGUAUCAUCAUUUCAGAGCUUAAAAUGGACACUAAAAAGUGGAUACAAGCUUCUCUUUGUGUACUGCCAAAUUCCUGGGGAUCUGUUACUUCUAAACAUUCGAAGAUUUGAAUCUUAAAAGUUUCUCCGUGAUCUUCUGACUUUCUACUUUUCAUUUUUUGGUAACACCAAUUAAUAUUUAUCUUCUAUUUUAUUAUGAAACUGAUGUUUUACUUCCGAAAUUUGAUUUUUUCCAAUCUCUUUCUUACCUGGAAAUAAUCUAAAAGAUUGGGGAAAAUAUUACUAAUUGAGAAAAAUUUGCCAAGAGAUUGAGAAAUUUACAGAAAGAAAAGAGUGAAGAAAUUACCCACUCAAAUAGAGAAAAGAAAAAAAAUUAUUGAUGUAUGUGCAGACUGUGCAUCAUUCUAAACCGAUAUCUCUAGUUUUAUAACAUGAUCAUGAUAUUUUUUAACCUGAGUAGAAAUUUUUAUAAGAAAUAUUUAAUUCUUUCAAUCAGAAUUCCUUUUACGCAAUCAAAUUCUUGUUUUGUUUUGCUACAAAAUUGAGAAAUAUUUUAUGCUUAGAUAUACAAUUCUUUUUUACUGUAGAGAAUGGUUUGAGUACAGAUUUAUCAAGAGACUUUGUGUAAAUUGCAGGAUGAAAUGUAAAGAUUAAGAAUAAUUUUUUUAGCACACUUUGUUCUGAUGUAGCUAAUUAUUUUUCUCCCAGAUUAACAAUACUUUAUCAUAUAACAAAGGUGCUUAUUUCUGCCUUAAAAUAUGCAUUUAUUUUUAAAUUUGUUUAAGUCGUCUGACUGUAUUAGUAUUGCAUAUAUACUUUAUAAAUAUAUUUUACAGUUCACAUUGAAUUGUAAAGUGUGAUUCGGUCAUGAUAAACUGUUAUAAAACUUGAGAUAAAAACACUAUAGACAAUACUUAUUUAUAUAAAGACAGGAAACUGUAGUAAUUGUUCUCUGUCACAUUUUUAAUAAUUCCUGUUUAGGAUAGAAAUCUGAUGUGUAACGUCAAUGGAACAAUAUCCAUACAAGCCCAGAUUUAAAAAAAGACGCCAAAAAUCUUUCGUGGAUCUUUUGGCAAUCCAGUAAUGGUUGGAAAAACUCCUCCCAUUGCAUGGGCAUGUCAAAAUGUGGCAGCUAUUUUAAUCUUGUGUCAUCCUACUGGAUACUCCAGUAGACAUGCCUCGUAGUUUCAAAAAAAAAAAAAAAAAAAAAGAUAUGUCAUUGUAUGAAACAAUUUUUAGUUUGUCUCUCCAAUGUUUGUCAUUUGUAUGCCUUUGAUGAUAUAAAUAACUGCUCAUUAUGGAAGAGAAAUAUACAGGAUAUCAUUGAAUUUUAGGAGUACAUAAUUUACUGUAUUUUUUGUUUAUAUUUUAGCAUAAUUUGCUUACGCAGAUCUACAUUUCAAUUGUAAGAAAUUCUCCAUAUGGAAAAUUAAUGAAUUCCUGUAAUUUCUUUCCUCAUUUUGAUGUUUAAUAGGUACUUUACAAGGAAGAUCUGUUUCCAUUCCAAAUGAUAUUUUAUUACAUCAUGUGUUUUAGACAUUUUAUUGGAAUGGUUGCAGAUGUUAGAAGUGACAUUCUGCAAGAAGAGAAUUUAGGGUUUAAAGAUUUUUCUUCCCUUUUAAAUUAUUUAUACCUUUCCUUAUGUGUAAACCAAAUUGCAUAUUAUUGGUGACCUUAAAGUGCAGGUAAAUUAAUGAAUAAUUUAAGUUUUUUAUAUACAAAUCUAGUCGUAUCUUUUAAAUCAAAAUGUUAACAGUAAAAAAAUAAACAGCUUUUUUGAAAUUUAUUUAUAUACAAUAAUUUUAAAAUAUUAAACAAAAAAAAAAAGAGAGAGUGAACAAUUAGAAUCUUAGAGAAGCAGGCAUACCACAUUUACUUCAUGCUUCUGCUUUGAACAGAAAAAAAAAAUGCUUAAAGCAUGUUGUCCACAGUACACAUGCCUAUCCGAAGGGGCCUCAUUUUUCUCUACCCGUGACUUUUUACUGUUUAAAAAAAUUGCUCUACGGUGAGCUCUUCCCCCUUUGAUAAGUUUAAAUAAAAACUUUUAAGAAUAAAUGAUAAGAAUGUUGACAUUUUAAGAUCACUGAAUGUGCUUGUCAUUUUUAAAGAAUGAAAUAAUAAUAAUAAUAAAAUUUACUUUAUAAUUUAUUAUUUAUUUUUAAAAAACAAAAACAAAACAAAAAAAAAAUGCUUAAAAAUUUAUUAAUUUUGGACCUUCCAACAGCAAGAAGAUUUAUGUUCUUAUGUAAACAAUAUAAUUUUCCUCAUGAUUGGAAAAAAGCCGUCCCCAAAGACUAUUGUAGCAUGCCAAAAUUAAUGAGGUAAUCAAGUGUAUAUAUACAUAUUUAUAAAUUAUAUUCUUUGCUAAUUGAUUUAUUUGUACCUUUUAAUUAAUUAAUUUUAAUUAAUUUUAUUUGUCUUCC